AGGAGGGGAUCGCGAAUAUCAGUGAAGUUUGCUACGAGUUAGAAACUCUGCGUUCCUUUAAAACGGGUAGACGUUGUGUAGUUUCAUUUUUCUUGCACGCGUGCGUUAUUUUGUUUGUAGGAAAGGAAGUGUGAUUACGACGUUUGUCGACAUAUCCGGCGAUAAAAAUUCGUUUACAAAAUGCCAAUUAAAGUAGUGAAAACGACAUGCUAUCGAUUGAAAGCCUGAUUGGUUAAGCCAGUGUUCGAUGCAAGUAUGGCCGCCCUGCCAUCACCCACGCAGGUGGCUGGAAGCCAUACUGCCAUAUAUGAAGCAUAUUAUAAUCAGGUUGAUCCCAAUGGAUAUGGAAGAAUUGGUGCAAUGGAAGCAGCAAGAUUUUUGAAAAAAUCUCAACUGAGUGAUGGUAUUCUCAGUAAGAUAUGGGAUAUGGCAGAUCCACAAUCUCGAGGAUCAUUAGAUAAGUCUGGUCUUUUUGUGGCCCUUAAACUUUGUGCACUAGCACAAGCUGGACAUGAUCUAAGCAUGAAUAAUUUAAAUUUAGAGUUACCUCCUCCAAAGAUGGGAGAUAUUCCUAUUGUACAACAAAAAAAUGUUUCAAAUACAUUACCAAUAAUAACAUCCAUUAACAACGGAGAUUGGUCUAUAAAACCUAAUGAAAGAGCAAAAUAUGAUCAGUUAUUUGACAGUCUCCAACCUUCAAAUGGCUAUAUACCUGGAAAUAAAGUUAAAGGUGUACUUAUGGACAGUAAACUUCCUUUAGAUACACUUGGAAAAAUUUGGGAUUUAGCGGACAUGGAUAAAGAUGGUAUGCUGGAUAGACAUGAAUUUAUAGUUGCUAUGCAUCUUGUGUAUAAAGCAUUAGAAAAAUAUGCUAUACCAAGUGUACUACCUCCUGAAUUAAUGCCACCUGGUAAAAGAAAGGACAUUUCUAUGCUGGUAUCUAAAUCACCUGUACCUAUGACUGUACCAACAAUGACACCACCACCAAUUCCACCUUUACCGAACAUAUCAUCAGGAAAAAAUUUAUCUGGUCCAAUUGAUACAAUAAAGUCUAGUGCACAGCCUUGGGUAGUUUCAGCUGAAGAUCAAAUAGCAGCUGAUAAACUGUUUUUACAAGCAGAUUUGGAUAUGGAUGGAUUUGUCUCAGGCUUAGAAAUUAAAGAUGUCUUCCUUCAAAGUGGACUUCCACAAGCUGUAUUAGCUCAUAUAUGGGGCUUAUGUGAUACAUGUCAAAGUGGAAAACUAAAUAAAGAACAAUUUGCUUUGGCAAUGUGGUUGAUAAAACAAAAGCUUAGAGAUAUUGAUCCACCAACGACUCUAAAACCUGAAAUGGUACCUCCGUCUUUACGAAAAGGUGGAGAUCUUAUCAUGGAAAAUAAUAAUAUUUCGGGAUAUUCUAAUCCAGAAUUAGAUAUGAUAAAUAAGGAUAUAGCAGAGCUUACACGAGAAAGACAUAGCAUGGAACAAGACAUAGCUCAAAAAGAAGCUGAUAUCAAGAUUAAAAAUGGAGAAAUUAAAAGUCUUCAAAGUGAGUUGGACACACUAGCUGCUACCUUAAAACAAUUAGAAAACCAGAAGGGUGAGGCACAGAAGAGAUUAAAUGACUUAAAGGCACAGACAGCUGAUGUAGAUAGAGAUUUGAGUGAAGUGGAGAGCAAGAUUUGCAAGGAACAGAAGAAGGUUGACAAAUUACGACAGCAAGCUGAAGAACAAGAGUCAGUCUUACGUGCUCAGGAAGAAGAACUCAAUUCCAAACGCCAGGAACUUGAGGGAUUGAGACAAGAAGAACAACAGUUAGAACAACAGCAGCAUAAAAGCAGGGACCAAUUAAAUGAGCUUACGAAAAAUUUGCAAGAUACACAAUUACAAAUUAGUCAAGCGAAAGCUAAAAUUACACAUUUACAAGAACAGCAACGGCAAAUGAGUGAUGCUAUUGCACUUUAUGAUUCUGCACUUGCUACAGCAGAUGCCUCUCUUGUACCUGAUACUAGUCUACAAUUUAAUCCUGAGAUUGAAGAUAUAGAGUAUGAUGAAAAAGAAACCACAAGUGUGAAUGAAGACAAUAAAGCAAUAGUUGAUACUUUCACAAAUGCAAAUGGACCUGGUGUUUUUGAUGGCUUUGAUAGCCAAGAUACUUUUUCAUCAAAGAAGGCUCAAGAAGCUUUUUCUACAUCUACACCCGAUCCAUUUGGAAAUACAUUCCCAUCACAAUCGGCAACGAGUGAUUUUACCAAUGAUCCAUUUACUGCAUUCGAAAACACUAACACAGUAAAACAAGAUCCAUUUGAUCCAUUUGGAGAUAGUAAAAGAAAUGAUCAAAAAAUUGGUAUAGCUGCAUCAACGGUAACAAAAGAUCCAUUUGGAGAUGAUCCAUUUGCAAAUCUUCAUGCUCCACCACGACCAGAAAGCCCUAGCCCAGCUCUUCCACCUAAGAAAGCUAAACAACCACCGCCACGGCCUGCACCACCGCGACCAUCACAAGGUCCAACAGGAUCUUUGAGAGCAGCUCCAGUUCCAGCUCCUCCUACUCCAUCUCCUACUCCUGAUCCAUUUGCGAAUGCAAAUUCAGAUCCUUUUGCCGUGCAACAACCAAUUGGAGACAACAAUAAUAUCAGUAAUUUCACAGGAUCAUCUACAGGAUUCGCAGAUUUUGCAAAUUUUGAUUCAAAGCCGGAAUCUUCGCUCAAUCGAACAGCGCCACCCAGACCAGUGAGUCGACCACAUGCUGCAGUAACACUAAUAUCGAAGCUGCCAGACUUCACAGAAGAUCCCUUCCGAAAUUAUCGAUAUGAAGAUCCAUUUAAUAUAACAGACCCUUUCUCCGAUGAAGUAGAGGAUUAUAACGCAAACAAAAAUACCACAAUGAGCAUGGUGGAUCCAUUUGGAUUUGAAUCUACAUCAGUAUCAAAUACUAAGAACUCCUUAGUAAAAGGAUUUGAUGCUGAUUUUGGUAAAGCCUUUUCUGAUCGAAAUAGGAAUAUAAAAUCAUCUGAAGCGGAUGCUUUCUCUAUUGACAAAACCAAAACAAUCGAUAUCGAUGAAGCAUUUUCUAACAAAUGUGACAAAAGUGGAAGAUGGCAGGCACAGGAAAUAGCGCAUAAUUUAAGUGUUAAACUAAAUCUUAAUGAUAAAAAAACGAAAAAUGAUGUUGAUAACAUUUGGAAUGGUACGGCACCUCUUGCAUUAACAGAAGAUGAACAGCUUGCUUGGGCAGCUAAGCAAAGUCUAAAAACUGAAGAAGAAAGACGUAGGCUCAAGGAACAAGAAGAAGCUGAAUUAGCUCUUGUUCUUGAACUAAGUAAACGAGACAAAUCUGGAAAAUAAAAUUUUUUUCUUCAUUGCGAUAAUUUAUACUAUGAUUUACCAAGUAGUAUAUUUUUUAAUCCAAUGACUUACUGACUUUUUAAAGAAGUAACAGAUAAAAAAUAUAUAUGAUUUCAAAAUUACCAUCAGUGUUUUUAGAUAAAUUAGUGAAGAAUUUUAUUUUUAAGAUUACGUAUAAACAUAUGUAUAAUUAAUAUUUAAUUUACCAUUAUUAUUAUAACUAUUAUUAUUAUUGUCAUUAUUUUAUUAUUUUUAUUAUUAUUAUUAUUAUUAUUAUUAUUAUUAUUAUUAUUAUUAUUAUUAUUAUUAUUAUUGUUGUUGUUGUUAUUAUGGGAUCACACAUUUUCGUAAAUAUGAUUUAUACUGUAACCAACUUUAAAAAGAAGAAAAUUCUCGUGAUUUCUGUUGAAACCAAAGGCUUGUAUAAUAAUGCUUUUUCACUGAAUUUUUAAAUCAUGAUGAAUGUUUGAGAACGUUUCUCCUCUUUCUUCCUAUUCAUUGUAUUUUAUCAGCUUAUCUAAUACAUUAAAAUCUUAUGAAAUUAAUUGCAAUUUUGCAAUGAUAAAUUCUAAAAUAAUAUUGAUAAUAUUGUCCUAAUAAAUCAUAAGCUACAUGUAUACACAUGACUCAACAAGGCAGUUAAAUUUAAAUAUAUAAAAAGGAUAGAAUGGCAUAUUAUUGGAUCGACAAUAAGAUGAUGUAUGAAUAUUGAGAGAAUUCAUAUACGUAUCAGUAUAGAAGCCAAUGCAGAUUUAAGCCUGUUGAAAAUUCUCUUUAUGUAUACUGUUAAUAUAAAUUUAUGAAUAACGUCAAGAUAAUACUUGAAAUCUUUCUGAUAGCAGUCAUUUGUAAUAUGUACUGUAUACAUUGUUUACCUUUAAACAAUAACUUGAAAAGUUCUUAUAUUGUUGUAAUCUUUCCUGUUAUUAAGAAAUGAAAAUUACAUAUAAGGAAAAAGUUAACAAGCAAUUCUUUAGUAAAAAAAAAAACAGCACUGAAAUGUUGAUACAGUUUUUGCUAUUUUAAAAAUUAUACUAGCAUUAGGUUAAACUGAUGUUGUAAAUCUAUGAUCGUUUAAAACUUCUAUCCAAUUAAGGAGUUUUGUAAUUAGCUUUAAACACACUGUUAAUGAGUCAAUAUCUUGUAGAUUGCUCAAGAUACAUUUGAUAAAUAAAUGCAAUUAUAUUAGUUGCAUGUAAACUCUUAGGACAACGAUGAUAUGAGAAUGCCAUUUAACUAAAUUUUUGGUCUCUUAAUAUAUCCCAAAGAAUAAGGUGUUCAGAUUGUAUUUUUGUGUUUGAUUUAAGAUAUUAACCAUUUAAAAUACAGGAACGUGUUUAUCCUGAUCACAUCAUUAGUUGUUAAUUUCGCAGUAACGAUGAAUUAUAUCUAAUGUAUAUAUAUAUAAUUGUUGUCUAUAUCAUUUCAUGAUAUUAAUAUAGUAUCGAAGUUAUGAUUGUAUGGAUAAACUACUGUUGCUAUAAUACUUAUGAUAAAGGAUGUCUCCUGCAAACGUUAAUCAAGAUAAAGUAAAAUAAUAAUACUGUAAAUUUCAUAAUACUCGUGAUUUUGCAACAAGUAGAGAUAAAUAAUCAUAAUUUUAAUUUGCGUAUUAAUGCAAGUUUAUUGCGUCUAUUCAGGUACACCUAUAUGCUCAUGUGCAAUCAUUGAGUACUGAAGCCACAAUUGCUAUAUUUUAAGUUAAAAACACUUUGUAAUGCUCACUAUAAAAACAUAGAAAACAAUUUCAGUUUUAAUUAAUAGUUUUAAUGAAAAUCGAUAUAUUGUAAACAAGUUUAAGGAAGAACUGAAAUUGACUGACAAAUAAUGAAUAUAAAUUAUUUAUGUUGUGAAAUGAACAAAAGAUAGAUGUGUUAUAGAAUUAAUGUAGCAAUCGUAUAUUUCUGAAUGAAGCUUCUAAUAAUCAUUGACAUAUACGUAUCGAUGCGAUGAAAUAUGUCUCUUUUUUACGCACACAUGGAUUCAUGUGCCGCACGCGGAGAAAAAAAAGACGAAUGAGUGAAUGAGACGAAUAAAUGCGUGAGAAAGAAAGAAAGAAUUCGGAGAAAAAUAAAAUCGUGCUAGAGAAUUCGAUAUUGUUAUAGAUAUAUAAAAGUGCAUAGUGUGUGAGAACCCAGUAUUUAUCUUAAUGUAUACUGCUUUGUGCCAUGCAAAAGUAUAAAAUUCUACUGAAAAUUUCACGCUCGGCAAUAUUGCUAUUAUUAGGGAACUCAAUCAUGAAUUAUUUUGUUAUUGCUUUCAUAGCGAUAUUAUGAUUUGAAACAUUGAUAUAUUUCAUAAAUGCAACGUUAUCGAUAUUUUAUACCAUAAUACAAAAGUUAAUCCUUGGAUAAUUAUUUAUAUGUGAAUAUAUGAAAAGUAUAUGAUAUACGAUAAUGUAGACAGAUUUAAUGAACAAUAAUUAAUUGCCGCAUAAUCAUACAUACAAAAAAAAAAAAAAAAAGAGAAAGAAAAAUAGAAACGCUUGUAAUAUUAACAGUAAAUUAUUAACGAUCCGAAUGAAAUGCACUAAAAUGAUGUGCGUUGCUUGCCUAAUAUACAAGCAUUUUGUUGAAUAUAUCAAAUAAGAAAAUUUACAUUAUAUUCCCAAAGCGUUUUCAUUUUUAGUUAAAGAGAAAUGUCCAUCACGUAUAAAUGUCAUAAAUCUUCCAGAAGUCUACAAAAAAGAACCAAAUAAACUUGGAAAUCAUGUAAUAACAAAUCCUAAAGAAAAUCUA